AUGAUAUAUGGGGGUCGCUCCAUAUAUGAGAAGGCCCGCCGGAAUAAUCACCCACUGACCAUCCUUCGCGACCCUAUUAUUGAUAAGAGAUGGAAUAAAUAUCUUAUUCUUAUGACAAAGAUUGUCGAAGAGCUGGAGAAACCAGAAGGUCAACGCCUGCAAUGGCUUUUUUGGUUCGACAGCGAUACGGUCCUUAUGAAUCUGAACUUACCCUUAGAGACCUUCCUCCCUCCUUCAAAUCUUCCACACGUCCAUCUUCUCCUCACCCAGGAUAUGAACGGAAUCAACAAUGGGAACUUCUUCAUUCGCGUACACCCAUGGUCCUUCGAGCUACUCAACAGCGCACUUGCCUACCCCCGUCUAUACCCGAAAGCCAACUUCCAAUUUGGAGAACAGUCAGCUUUAAGCCACGUCUUAACCGAAAGCGAGUAUUUCGCUCGGUCGACUGUAUACUGUCCAUCACGAGGUCGGAGAAUGGGGAAUUACCCCAGACGGAGAAUUUACCCGCGCGUAUGGUGGGUGGUACACCCAGGAGAUCUGCUGGUUCAUUUCCCAGGAACUCCUGUUGAGAAAUUGGAUGAUGCCAUGGAACCAUAUAUUGCUAUAUCGGAAGAGCAACGGCCAGAAUGGAACGUGCCUCUAAAGGAGACUGGUCUGAUCAAAAAGACUACGUCUUUCUGGGAGAGAUAUAGCCUACUUUAUUCUGAAGAUACUACUAUUUUAUUUGCGGAAGAAGAUGAAGAUGAAUAUGAAUAG